CAAAAAAAAAAAAAAAAUACAAGUAGUGUGUAUCUUUAAGAUACAAAAACGGUUCGGGGGUUUAUUUUUUUUUUAAUGAAGAUUAUUCCUCAUUUCGACAGGCUUUACUUAAGGAAAAGAGAUCCUUGAAUAAAUAAAAUUGGCAUUAGUAAAAAUGAAACAACAACAUCGAAAGAAAGAAUAGGUAAAAAAAAAAUAAAUAAAAGGAUAAUACAAGAAAAUUGAAUUUGAAGCUCAUCACGUCCCGUGUGUCACAAGUGUUUUUUUCUGUCGAUCUUCAUUUUUAUCUUUUGAGUAAUUGGUUUCGGAUACCUCCUUCAGCGCUAAGCGCACCAAAUAUCGAACGAGGAUUACCUCAAUCUAAAGUUGUAAUCAAAAAUAAGGAAAAAAAACAACAGAGCAGCAGCCCCUCCUGCAGCCAAUUGGCAAUCUUUUCCAUCACAGGAUAUGUUCACAUGAAGCCAUGAAUUCACACAACAACCCUUCGGUCAUGUUUCGAUCCUUCAGCUCGGAAAGUCAGAAAAAGGAAUGGAGCAAAAGACUGUCUCUGAGAGGCACUCGCCACUCACAAAAAGAUGAGAAGAAACAAACAUCUGGAAAGUUUUCCGGUCGAUCUUCCUCACUCAAACAGCCUCGUUCUGUUCAACCAGCACUCGAGCUACAAGUACCCACCAUCACUCAACCGCAAAUUCAAUUGCCAACAACUCAGCCCACCACCCCCAAGAAAUCCAAUUGGGAAGUUAUCGAACAUUUUAACCCCUCAAAGGGAGGCAAAUCGUCUGUUAGUAGCAGUCUUAUAGCGGUAGGUGUGACGAGAUGCAAUAUUGAUGAGUCCUUGGAUUCGACCAACUCAGGUUCAACGUGUACGAGUCCGAUGCUUUGCCAACGAGACGAGGCCGCACAGCUACUGCAACAGCACCAGGGAUCCGAUAUGGACACGAAAAACCUUGAAGCCAACACAACUGCCGGAAGUCCUACAAUAUCUUUUUGGUUUCGGCUAAAUAAACUUGUAAUAAGGAUGUGCAGUACUCACCAAUUCAAAAACUUACAGGUGGAAAUGCUCUACCAACGUUAUUUCCUGCGAAUGAAUCAAAGCAACACGACACACACUCUCGGCCUCCUACUAAUGCUGAUCCUUACCCUCAUUGCAGUUCACAUAGUUCUGGCAACUUUGAAUAUCCAUUACAAGAACUUUGCACAAACUUUUUCCUCAUUCAAUUCGAUGGACAGUGAAUCUAAUUUCACAUUCAACGGCUCUUCGUCGUCCUCGGCAUCCUUUGGGGCCAAUGUGAAUGGAACUUAUGGCGGUACUGAAAGGUCUUCAACAAAUUUUCCAAUUAGCAUAGAAUCAUGGAGACAUCAGGAAGGAGCCAACUUAAUAUCAUCUUCGUCUGGAUUGAUGCGAAGGUCCUUGCCAGAAACGGUUACGGACAAUGGUGGUGGUAUUUCACACUUUCGAGAAAAACGGAAAUUCCGGAAGUAUCGAUAUAAAACUACUUCAAGAUUCAAAAGACAGAUAAGUUCUUGGAUAGAAGUGGCCAACGGUCACCAAAGAUACAAUGGCAAUGACUUUCGCCUCAUGUACUUGAACAAAGAAAUCGAAUUAAAUUUGGCAGUAGACGAUAAAGUGACUACAAACAACCACUCAUCGUUGUUGUUAUCCAAUAAUAACAACAACAACAAUAUCGAUGAUAGCCCAAUGGAACAACUCUCCACUAUAAUGUCAACAAUUCCAUUAACGGAUCAAGUUAUUGCCCUUCUAGUGGUUUUGGCCAUCUGUGGAGUUAUCUAUAUUUGUCUUCUAUGUUUCCUUUCGAAGCCGGCUAUGAACGAGAUCUUCCUCGUCCUUGUAUCCUAUGUAAUUGUGGCCACUUUCCUUGCCAUCGAAGUAGCUGUGGGUUAUGCAACAGUGCCAAGGAGGUCCUUUAACGGUAGCGCUUGUUGUUUGAUCUUCGUCUACAUGACCUAUACAAUGCUUCCUGUGCGGCUAAGGGAAGCGUUUAUUGGCGGGGUGCUACUUUCACUGGCGCAUAUUUAUUCAUCGUUUCACAAUAGCGAAAGGUUUCAAUGGCAAGAGCUUUUGUGUUCGAUAUUAGCGUUACUGUGCACCAAUUUGGCGGGAGUCUUUACCCAUUGGCCCAAGGAGAAAGCACAAAGGAAGGCUUUCAUUGAGACACGUCAAUGCAUUGAGGCGCGUCUAAGGACACAAAGGGAAAAUCAACAACAGGAACGUCUUCUUCUAUCGGUGUUGCCACGUCAUGUAGCAAUGGAAAUGAAAGACGAUAUAGCAGGCCAGCCUCGGGACACACAAUUUCACAAAAUCUAUAUACAACGACACGAGAAUGUAAGCAUUUUAUUUGCAGAUAUCUGUGGUUUCACAAGCCUCUCAGACCAAUGUACAGCAGAGGAGCUGGUGCGCCUUCUAAAUGAGUUAUUUGCCAGAUUUGAUCGAUUGGCAGCGGAGCAUCAUUGCUUGCGGAUAAAACUUCUAGGCGAUUGCUAUUAUUGUGUUUCAGGCUUACCCGAACCAAGGCCCGACCACGCACAUUGUGCUGUCGAAAUGGGAUUGGACAUGAUUGAUGCCAUUGCAUUGGUAAGAGAAGUAAUGGCUGUCAAUGUGAACAUGCGGGUUGGCAUUCACACCGGACGUGUGCACUGUGGAGUCCUUGGUCUGGUUAAAUGGCAAUUCGAUGUAUGGUCAAAUGAUGUGACAUUGGCCAACUAUAUGGAGAGUGGAGGUAUCCCUGGUCGAGUGCACAUCACAAAGGAGACCCUUAAAUGCUUAGAUGGAGACUAUGAAGUCGAAGAAGGAAAAGGAGGUGAACGUAACUCAUACUUAAAGGACCAUGAAAUAGAAACGUAUUUAAUCGUACCUGGAGAUACUUAUAGGCCAAAUAAGAAAUCUCGAAAUAAACUUCAGGUUAAUGGAAACAUAUCGAAAGAACUGCGGAUGAUGGGCCAUGCCACACAGAAAAAUGCCUCAAAAUUUGGUUUCACAGACGGUUCUGAAAUGACGAAGGACCCUGAGGACGAGGUGAAUGAGUACCUUAUGCGAGCUAUUGAUGCUCGCAGCAUAGAUCAUCUGAGAUCAGAGCACUGUAAGUCAGUGUUAUUAUCCUUUAAGAAAUCUUCCUUAGAAAGAAAGUAUUCUUCCGAACCGGAUCGAAUGCUUAGUUUGUAUUUCUAUUGCAGUUUUAUUGUCCUGAUAGGGACGACAACUAUGCGUCUUGUAGUUUUUAAGCAAAAUUAUUUAACUUAUCUAUCAACCGGUGCUGCUAUUAUCCUAUUGCUACUUGUAGUUCUUUUAGUCGCUUCUUAUGAUCUCAAUAUGAAAACUUUAAACUCAGUGAGAGGGUUUUCAGAGAAAAUCCAUAGCAAUCGGGUGCUGUCACAGUGUUUUGGAUUUUUCACUGUGAGUCUGAUUGGAUUCCUUACGGGACUGUCAAUUAUGUUCGAAGACCUAAGUGACACGUCUUCUUUAGAAGAACACAAUUCUUCCACCCUCAUUGGACCAGAAACACUAGCAUCAGAAGGAGCAACAUCAUCUGGUGCUGGCAACGGGGAUGGAGAGAACGAAGUCAUGCUCUGUGAUCACUACCUAGUCAUUAAUACCUUUCUACUUCUAACUCUGUUAUCAACGAUGACAUGUGCCAUUUACCAAGUGCUCCGGCUUUUGCUUAAAAUCAUCCUCCUGCUAUCGGCAGGACUCUUCUACAUCGGCUAUUCGAUGUGUUACUAUUCGAAGCGGGGGAUUCGCAUUUCAUUAGAGAACGAAGAAACAUUAUUUCGAUACAUAAUUGAUCUAAUUUUUCUAUUGACGUUCGUUAUGGCCUUGAUAUUCCAUAGCCAUCAAACGGAAGCAACGUACAGGUUGGAUUUUAUCUGGAAGCUGCAAGCCACUGAGGAAAAGGAGGACAUGGAGCACUUACAGGCGUACAAUAGAAAACUCCUGGAAAAUAUCCUUCCGGUGCAUGUGGCUGAGCACUUUUUGAGCAGGGAUAAAAAUAUCGACGAUCUGUAUCAUGAACAGUGCGAUAGUGUGUGUAUCCUGUUUGCUUCAAUACCCAACUUUUCCGAGUUCUAUGUUGAACUUGAGUCAAAUAAUGAAGGAGUUGAGUGCUUAAGACUGUUAAAUGAAAUUAUAGCUGAUUUUGAUGAGUUGCUAAGUGACGAAAGAUUUCGAUACAUUGAGAAAAUAAAAUCCACAGGAGCCACAUACAUGGCCGCUUCCGGCCUAACCGCCAACACGUGCGACAUGGAGAACUUUGUACAUGUCACUGCCAUGGCAGAUUACUCCCUGCUGCUCUUUGAUAAGAUCGACGAUUUAAAUAAACAUUCGUUUAAUAAUUUCCGGAUGCGGAUAGGUAUCAAUAUUGGUCCAGUGGUUGCAGGGGUAAUAGGCGCCAGGAAGCCACAGUACGAUAUUUGGGGUAAUGCUGUUAAUGUCGCCUCCCGCAUGGAUUCAACUGGUCUAAUUGAUCACAUUCAGGUUACCCAAGAAACAUUCAACAUUCUGGAACAUCGAGGCUAUCUCUUAACCUGUCGUGGCAAUGUCAACGUCAAAGGAAAAGGAACAAUGGUUACAUAUUUUCUCAAGGGCAAGCAACCUCCAACGCUUGCAAGUCCUCAACCAACUAUCGAACCAAAUGCAAACAUUUUACCAAACCAAAACAGCGGUAACUCGGAGGACGUAUCAGCCGAUGAAGUUGACAUGAAUUCCAACAUGAGUAAUCUCACAUCACAGAGACGCAAAUCAUUGUGCCGUCAGCAUAAUAUCUCAUCGUCCUUCGGAACAACCACAUACAGUGCCGGAAUCACCCCAAGUCAAUCGAACAGUUCAAGUAUGACAGCCUUCGGCAGUCAACAUGUGUCCAUUGUGAAGACAAUUCCUUGUACGGGUGGGGGUGGUGGUGGUGGUAAUGUAACUGGUAUUAGUAGUUGUGGGACAUGUGUGGCUGGUAGUGGUGGUGGUGGUGAUUGUACACCCGACUCCUUGACCAAUAAACAAACAUUUGUCCCCAAGACCAAAAUCACCGAACUGAAAUACGACCUUAUGAUGAGCGAGAAGGCAGCUCUCAAGGAUUCCAUUGAGAAUCUCCAGAUUCUCCUUAAAAACAACAUAAGCCUUUCGGAUUUGAGCAAUAAACAACAGAUAAGCCUCCGGCAAGCUGAAUCCACUAAGAAUCUUGUCAAAAAGGAAACAGUUUUGAAUUUCAAGUCAGAACGAGUAAUUCAAUUUACAAGUUACACAACCAAAUCGAUAACAUCAUCAACAGUGACAACAACAACAAUGGAACGUCGUCAUCGUAACAGCAGCAGCAGCAAAAGUUUCGAAAACGAGGACAUCCACGAUGUGAACAAAGACAAGGACGACGACGACUCGCAUGACCAUCAUGAAUGGACGAAACUAUUGAAAUUAGAUACACAAAGGAGUCCCAUCAAAAAUUCACAGUCGAUGUGCCCGAUAGGAUUGUCGACGCAGGCAUAUGUCAUACCCAAUAGUCGUAGUUUGACAUUGAUAAACAGCAAAGGAAGUGCUAAUUAUGUUCUUCUUGAUGUAACGAACACAAUGGAGUAGGAUAGAAUUGGAUGGGUAGAGAAUGAAUGGGAUAGUGGAUGCUCGAUGGAGUGGUAAAUGGGGGUAAAUGUUUUAUGUUAUAUUUUUGUUUGAUUUAUUUGAUAGAUCUAUCAGAAUAUUGUAUGUAUGCGGGCAUAUUGGUUUCAAGGACUUUUAUAUCCUUUUUUGCUGACAAAAUAUAGUUUGUUUUAUUAAAUUGAUCUUGACAUAAUAAACCUUUAGAUAAGUAUUGGUCCUGAGGGUGAACUUUAUAAAUGUUCCACCUCACAAAAUUUCUUACUAAACUUAUUAUAGGUAACUUGAAGUUAGUUUUUACAUUUUAAAAAAUCUUUUUUAAACUUGCAUUACCGAUUUUUAAGAGUAAAGUUGUACCUACCUCCAUCUUGACUAGUUAUUUUCUUUUCUAACAAUAAAAAUCUGAAAAGUUGUUGUAAGUUUUGAAUUUAUUUUCUUAAUAUGACCUUUUUUUUUAGUAAAAAAGUAAACUAAACCAAAAUACUUUCAAUUCAUCGAAAUUGGUUGCACAUCAGCAAUUUUUAAUUCCAAGAACUG